UGUUUCCGUAUUCUUUCGUUUUUUUUUCAUAGCUUAUCCAAGCAGCAUCCCUAAGAAACCGGAGCUUGUAACAAAAAGUGUGAAGAACAAAAGCACACACACCAAUAUGGCUGCUGCAGAAUCAUGUUUUAAGAUAAUAUUGGGUUCUUCAUCAAUGGCUCGGCAACGGAUUUUAGCUGAAAUGGGUUAUGAGUUUACAAUCAUGACUGCAGAUAUUGAUGAGAAAAGUAUAAGAAAAGAAAAGCCAGAAGAUUUGGUGACAGCUCUGGCUGAGGCAAAGGCAAAUGCCAUCAUGGCAAGGCUUCAGCACACUGAUAUACUCGAGAACGUUGCUUGCCCCACGUUGCUAAUUACCGCCGAUACGGUAGUGGUCUAUAAAGGGACAAUCAGAGAAAAACCGUGCAACGAAGACGAAGCACGGGAGUUUAUCAAAGGGUAUUCCGGGGGCCAUGCAGCAGUGGUUGGAUCCGUUCUCGUGACUAACCUUAAUUCUGGAGCUAGCAAAGGUGGAUGGGAAACUGCAGAGGUUUACUUCCACGACAUACCUAACGAAGUGAUCGAUAGCCUGAUUGAUGAGGGAAUCCCAUUCAAGGUUGCUGGUGGUCUAAUGCUUGAACAUCCUCUAACGUUACCAUUUGUUGAUGCCGUGAUAGGGGCGACUGAUACUGUGAUGGGACUAUCUAUAUCUCUCACUGAAAAACUUAUAGAGGAGGCUCUACGUCAACCGGGUUCAUCGCCGAGAGUUCAAAAUAUGAGCUGACAGCUAUGGAUACUGCUCUUCAAGAGAGAUUUUUGGCAACGUAAAAGAAUUUGUAUUAACGGUUGAAUUAUUUUUUAUUAUUUCUACUUAAAAAUGGCUUAAAGAGUAAAUUAAUUAUUUUAUUAAAAACUCUAUUUAAUUCUACUGUUGAAA